AAUUAAUCGUGUCGUUAAGUACCCAAGAAUUAUAAAUUGCAAGUAUUAACUUCUGGUUGGCAACAUGCAGUGGUGUGUAGUGUUUUUCCAUUUUGACAAAACAAUUGAAGUAGUACCGGAACAUUGGGUGUUCGAUGAUGACAACACCAUAUGCCAUUUUCCACCUGUCAAAGGUUUUAGACUUUAUGAAAUUAUUAAAAGUGGCACUUCUCCAAAAGAGGAUUGGAAGGUGUAUGAUGUCAAUAUGUUAGCAAAAUAUGAUGAUUUUACAUAUGCCCAAACACAAUGUGAAGCAGCUAGAAAUGGGAAGAAAAUUUUCAGCCAAAAAACAAAGACAAUGCUUGAUGGCAUGGAUGGAAAAGGACAGAGAAUACGUAAACCUAAUACAAAAUUUAGUGAGUUUAUGAACAUUAAUACAGAUGACGAAGAAUUAAAUACUAAUAUAACAUUUCCAACAUUUAAAGGAUCUAAUCCGAAAGAGUGCAAACAAAAUACAGCAGAUAACAAUAAAGUAACAGAGAAUGUCCCAGAGGAUUUCUAUACAGAAAGUGAUAAUGUAUUAGAACCCUAUACAGCACAGAGUGAAACUAGUGAAACUUCACAUCAUUCCAAUAUAAUGGAUAAUAAUUAUUUUUAAGGCUCUGAAGUUUUCAUUGGUAGGAGGAGAAACGGCAAAAGAUAUAACACGAAGAAUAUUAUAUUUAAUGUUAACAAAUGAUGUGGCAAAACUGUAUAGUUUUGACGGAGCAAAAGGAAAAUUAAAAUUUAAAUCUUUGAAACUGUAUCAUUUGUUAUUAGCAUCAAUUCGGAAGAAUCAAAAAACGCAUGACGCAACAGAAAGCGACAUACUACCAGAAACCAGGCAGUGGCUGGCACAAGCAAAAUUUAGGAAACAAAAAUAAUUUUAUACUUUAUUUUUGUUUUAAAUACUUACAAAAUAAAAUCCAUUUUAUUGAAA